AUGAGAUCUCGAAACCAAGGUGGAGAAAGUUCAUCUAACGGGCAUGUCUCCUGCCCCAAGUCCUCCAUCAUCAGCAAUGCUGGUGAUAAAGGUCCCUCGGAAGAGGCAAAAAAGAACAAGGCAAAUCGGAAGGAAGAUGAUGUCACGGCUUCGGGAACUGUCAAACGGCACCUCAAACCAUCUAGAGAAAGUGAAAAAAAGACCAAGAAGACUCUGGAGUUAUCCAAGGAGGACCUCAUCCAGCUCCUGAGCAUCAUGGAGGGGGAGCUGCAGGCUAGAGAAGAUGUGAUCCACAUGCUGAAGACUGAGAAAACCAAGCCGGAGGUUCUGGAGGCACAUUACGGAUCUGCAGAGCCAGAGAAAGUGCUUCGGGUCCUGCACCGAGAUGCCAUCCUCGCUCAAGAGAAGUCCAUAGGAGAAGAUGUCUAUGAGAAACCCAUCUCAGAGCUGGACAGACUGGAGGAAAAGCAGAGGGAGACAUACCGCCGCAUGCUGGAGCAGCUGCUGCUGGCAGAGAAGUGUCACCGGCGUACCGUGUACGAGUUGGAGAACGAGAAACACAAGCACACUGACUACAUGAACAAGAGCGAUGACUUCACCAACCUGCUGGAGCAGGAGCGAGAGAGGUUGAAAAAGCUCCUGGAGCAAGAAAAGGCUUACCAAGCCCGCAAAGAAAAAGAAAAUGCUAAGCGGCUCAAUAAACUCCGAGACGAACUUGUGAAACUCAAGUCCUUCGCACUCAUGCUGGUGGAUGAGAGGCAGAUGCACAUUGAGCAGCUGGGCCUGCAGAGCCAGAAAGUCCAGGACCUCACUCAAAAACUGAGGGACGAGGAGGAGAAGCUCAAAGCCAUCACCUACAAAUCCAAAGAAGACCGCCAGAAACUGCUCAAGUUAGAAGUGGACUUUGAACACAAGGCCUCCAGGUUUUCCCAGGAACAUGAAGAGAUGAAUGCCAAACUGGCUAACCAAGAGUCUCACAACCGGCAGCUUCGACUCAAGCUGGUUGGCUUCUCGCAAAGGAUUGAAGAACUGGAGGAGACCAAUAAAAAUCUUCAGAAGGCAGAGGAAGAACUUCAGGAGCUCAGGGAUAAAAUUGCCAAAGGCGAAUGUGGCAACUCCAGCCUCGUGGCGGAAGUGGAGAGUCUGCGGAAACGUGUGCUGGAGAUGGAAGGCAAGGACGAGGAGAUCACGAAGACAGAGGCCCAGUGCAGGGAGCUGAAGAAGAAGCUCCAGGAGGAGGAGCACCACAGCAAGGAGCUCCGACUGGAAGUGGAGAAGCUGCAGAAGAGGAUGUCUGAACUGGAGAAGCUGGAGGGAGCCUUCAGCAGGAGUAAGUCGGAAUGCAGCCAGCUCCACUUGAACCUGGAGAAAGAGAAGAACCUGACCAAAGACCUGCUGAACGACCUGGAGGCGGUCAAGGGUCGCGUGAAGGAACUGGAGUGCUCCGAGAGCAGACUGGAGAAGGCCGAAUUAAGCCUCAAAGAUGACCUCACGAAGCUGAAGUCCUUCACUGUGAUGCUGGUAGACGAAAGGAAAAAUAUGAUGGAGAAAAUAAAGCAAGAAGAGAGAAAAGUGGACGGGUUGAAUAAAAACUUUAAAGUGGAACAGGGGAAGGUUAUGGACGUCACGGAAAAACUAAUUGAGGAAAGCAAGAAGCUUUUAAAACUCAAGUCGGAAAUGGAGGAGAAGGUGGACAGCUUGACCAAGGAGAGAGACGAGUUGAUGGGUAAGCUGCGAAGCGAAGAAGAGCGGUCCUGUGAAUUAAGCUGCAGUGUCGACUUGCUCAAGAAGCGGCUUGACGGCAUAGAGGAGAUGGAAAGGGAAAUACACAGAGGUAGGUCGUGCAAGGGGCCCGAGUUCACCUGCCCAGAGGACAAUAAGAUCAGGGAACUGACGCUUGAAAUCGAGAGACUCAAGAAGCGUCUCCAGCAGUUGGAGGUGGUAGAAGGGGACUUGAUGAAGACCGAAGACGAGUAUGACCAGUUGGAGCAGAAGUUCAGAACCGAGCAGGAUAAGGCAAACUUCCUCUCCCAGCAGCUGGAGGAAAUCAAGCACCAAAUGGCCAAGAACAAAGCCAUAGAGAAAGGAGAGGCUGUGAGCCAGGAAGCCGAGCUGCGACACAGGUUUCGGCUGGAGGAGGCUAAAAGUCGUGAUUUACAGGCUGAGGUGCAGGCUCUCAAGGAGAAGAUCCAUGAGCUGAUGAACAAGGAAGACCAGCUGUCUCAGCUCCAAGUCGACUAUUCGGUCCUUCAGCAAAGAUUUAUGGAAGAAGAAAAUAAGAACAAGAAUAUGGGGCGGGAGGUUCUCAAUCUGACCAAAGAGCUGGAGCUCUCCAAGCGCUACAGCCGCGCUCUCAGGCCCAGCGGGAACGGCAGGAGGAUGGUGGACGUGCCAGUGGCUUCCACCGGCGUGCAGACCGAGGCGGUGUGCGGGGAUGCUGCGGAGGAGGAGACCCCGGCUGUGUUCAUUCGCAAAUCCUUCCAGGAAGAAAAUCACAUCAUGAGUAAUCUUCGACAGGUCGGCUUGAAGAAACCCAUGGAGCGGUCCUCCGUCCUCGACAGGUAUCCCCCGGCAGCAAAUGAGCUCGCCAUGAGGAAGUCUUGGAUUCCUUGGAUGAGAAAAAGAGAAAACGGCCCCUCUACCCCACAGGAGAGAGGGCCUCGGCCGAACCCAGGUGCAGGGCACCCCGGGGAGCUGGUCCUAGCACCAAAGCAGGGCCAGCCCCUGCACAUCCGCGUGACACCGGACCAUGAGAACAGCACUGCGACCCUGGAGAUCACAAGCCCCACAUCUGAAGAGUUUUUCUCUAGUACCACCGUCAUUCCUACCUUAGGCAAUCAGAAACCAAGGAUAACCAUUAUUCCAUCACCCAAUGUCAUGUCGCAAAAGCCCAAAAGCGCAGAUCCUACUCUCGGCCCAGAACGAGCCAUGUCCCCUGUCACUAUUACUACUAUUUCCAGAGAGAAGAGCCCGGAUAGUGGAAGGGGUGCUUUUGCAGACAGGCCCGCGUCUCCCAUCCAGAUCAUGACAGUGUCUACGUCCGCAGCUCCCCCUGAAGUCGCUGUCUCUCCUGAACCCCAGGAAGUGCCGAUGGGAAGGACUAUCCUCAAAGUUACUCCGGAAAAACAAACUGUUCCGACCCCGGUGCGGAAAUACAACUCCAAUGCCAAUAUCAUCACCACGGAAGACAAUAAAAUUCACAUUCACCUGGGUUCUCAGUUUAAACGAUCCCCGGGGCCUGCCACUGAAGGCGUGAGUCCAGUUAUCACUGUCAGACCUGUCAAUGUGACAGCUGAGAAGGAGGUCUCUACAGGCACAGUCCUUCGCUCUCCCAGGAACCACGUCUCUUCACGACCUGGUGCUAGCAAAGUGACCAGCACUAUAACCAUAACCCCGGUCACAACAUCAUCCACACGAGGAACCCAGUCGGUGUCAGGACAAGAUGGGUCAUCUCAGCGGCCUACACCCACCCGCAUUCCUAUGUCAAAAGAAAGCAUCAUCAUUCACCAGUUGCGAAUGAGCUCCCGAUGAGAUUGCCAAGCACAGCCCUCAGUCAUCACUAAGGUCCUCAAUGCUACUGAUGUUGACUGGAAACACCUUAUGACUUCCAGUGAUGGUUUUUGUUUUUGUUUUUUUGAGGAUACAAUUUAACAGUUAAAAACCACAUUGUGGAUGAUAUGAACAUAUGUAGCAAAAGCUAUUGAAUCUUUGUGCCAAAGAAAGUUUUCUUCUCUUUGCAAAGCUUUCAGGUCUGUGGGCACAUGCUGUAUAAUUUAUUUUUAUAAAAAAUUUUGUAAUGUGAUUUUUUCCCUAAAAUGUUUCUUUUCUCAUAGUCGAUGGCACAUAUAUCUGUAGAUUACACUGUCAGUUCUUCAAAGUAUUGAUAUUGUGUAUUCAAAAGGUUAACGUAUCAUUUUCUUUUUAUUAGUUUGUUAUUUUUAAGGAAAGCAAAGCACAACACUCUAUUUCCCUGGGCAACUUUAAGAGGUAAAACCUAGAAACAGUAGAUUCCUGGGGUUUUAUUACUCAUAUGAUGCUAUGGUGGUUCAUAUGAUAGUGGUUCAACACUGAAACUGGUUUGCUGACUUAGGAGUUUAAGUACUUAAAACCAAUCUGGGUCUCCCACCAGUGUUCUGAAUGGGAAACAAACAGCUUCGACUGGCAGUUCAAUUUUAUUUCCAUCUGCAUUAUUUAUGUGUAGACAACUUUAUAGUGACUGUGAUGUCAGGGAGUUUCCCACAUAUGACUCCCAUCCUAUGAAAACUUGCAAAUAAAAACUGACCUAGAAAAUGUCAACAUUUUUUUUUAAAUAGGGAGACCCAAAUGUAGAUAAUUGUUUCCCUUUGAUUUUGAUUGCCUUUCAUAACUGUGUAGGUCAGAGAAAAAGUUAUCUACUUCUAUUCUUCUGCUUGGUACAGGUUCUUGCUGUGUAUGCCUAGCUGGACUAAAACUAGCUGUGUAGGCCAGGCUGGUCUUGAACUCAAGAGAUCUGCCUGUCUGUGCCUCUCGUAA